UGUCACAGGGACAUCGCCCUGAGCUGCACAGUAAGAAGUGAGCUUGUCCCUGCUGAUCUGAGCUCUGCAGGCCACAGGGACCCACGUCUUCCUGAAGCGUCUCCAGGGUUCAGGUGACACUGUCCAUGGUGAGGACCCCAGGGAGGUGCUGAUGGACGGGCUGAGGAGGAAGGAGACCCCGUGGGGGAGGCUCUGACAGGGAAGGAUGUGCCCUGGGUCACCUCACCUGCCUGGGGUGUCUCAGGAGGCUCUGGGUCUAUUUCCUGCUUCACCAUGGAAACAAGAUGCAGGCCUCUGGGUAGUGAAUGUUCCCCUUUCUGUGGGGCUGCUGAGGUGAGAGCCCUGUCACAGGGAGGGCCAGUCUCCCAGGGGCCACACCCUAUGUGUCUGUCUAUUCUGAGGACACUGUGGCCUCCUGCAUCUGCACAGCGAGGUGUAAAGAGAGGAGACGCCAUGACCGCCACCCUCACGGCCCUGCUCUGCCUCGGGCUGAGUGUGGGCCUCAGGACACCAGUGCAGGCAGGGCCUCUCCCCAAACCCACCAUCUGGGCUGACCCAGGCCCUGUGAUUCCCUUGGGGAGCCCCGUGACCAUCUGGUGUCAGGGGACCCCAGGGGCUGAGGAGCACCUGCUGUAUAAAGAGGGAAGACCACGACCAUGGAAAAGACCGGAGCUACUGGAGCUGGGGGACAGUGCCAAGUUCUCCAUCACAUACAUGACAGAGCAAGAUGCUGGGAGAUAUCGCUGUUACUAUCGCAGCCCUGCUGGCUGGUCAGAGCCCAGUGACCCCCUGGAGAUCCUGGUCCCAGGUGAGUCUGGGAAGCCCUCCCUCCUGAGCCAGCAGGGCCCUAUCGUGGCCUCUGGACAGAGCCUGACCCUCCAGUGUCGCUCUGAUGUCGGCUAUGACAGAUUCUCUCUGUCCAAGGAGGGGGGACGGGACCUCGCCCAGAGCCUUGUCCUGCAGCCCCAGGCCGGGCUCUCUCAGGCCCACUUCCUCCUGGACACUGUGAGCAGCUCCCAUGGGGGCCGGUACAGAUGCUACGGUGGAUACAACCUCUCCUCUGAGUGGUCGGCCCCCGGUGACCCACUAGACAUCUUGGUGGCAAGAUGGCUGCCUGAUAGACCCUUCCUCGCGGUGCAGCCAGGCCCCAGGGUGGCCUCAGGAGAGAACGUGACCCUGCGGUGUCACUCACAGAGCCCAAGGGACACGUUUCUUCUGUGCAAGAAGGGGGCAGCCGGUCCCCCCCUGCGUCUGAGAUCAAAGUACCGAGCCGGGCAGUACCAGGCAGAGUUCUCCAUGAGUCCUGUGACCUCUGCCCACGGGGGCACCUACAGGUGCUACAGCUCAAAUGGCACCUCCCCCUUCCUCCUGUCACUCCCCAGUGAGUCCCUGGAGCUCCUGGUCUCAGCCUCCCACUCCCAAGACUACACUGUGGAGAAUUCCAUCCGGAUGGGCGUGGCUGGAUUGGUCCUGUUGGCGCUCGGGGUGCUGCUCUUUUGGUCUCGAAACAGCCAGAUAAACACCAGGAUGCAGCCAGGACGUGAACAUGGAGGGAACAAUGCACAAUUCAGAGAGGAGGAUCUUGGGAAGGUUCUGUAAGAUAAUGUGGGACAUAUGCUGAGGGACCUGUCUGGGACUCCUUGCAGGUGGAGGAGUCAUUGCUCAUGUGCAGGGACAAGGUCUGGACCUUCUGCCCUUGAACUGUGGUCCUUUCCCUCCCGAUCCCUGUGAGUCCGGUGACUGGUUCCUGACUUUCCCCAUUUUGGUGAAAUUAGCAUUUAUCCCAGGUGGCAGGCAUAGGUCCACACCUCCCUACACUUGCAUCGAAUAUGUUUUCCUUUAUUGCUAACCACAUGAACCUUCAUGUCUGUAUGGAGUCCCCAUCUCCUGAGUCCAGAGCUCGCCGUCUAUUGUAAUCAAUCUACAGGGUGCACAAUCCAUCCUGCAAGAGGUAAACCCACAGGAGGUCCUAACACCCUCUCUGGACUCCACACAGCCCUUCCCUGCCCUCCAAGGCCACCUGUGUACUUUCUGAAGAAACCUCACCCCUUGGGAUGAAGGCCUGAUUGUUUGAAGGGGUUUCCUGGUCUGCGCUGCUUCUGAAAACCCCAUUGUCCAAAACACAGUGAAACACACAGAAAACUUGUUACAGAUGUGCAUCCUUGAAACCUAUGUCAUGUCAUUCACCGAUGGCACCCCAAUAAAUUUAAUAUAAA